GGUUGACCUUGGGCGGAAGCGGCUUUGUAGCCUAGGAGAAGCGAGAUGGGGGUGAAGCUGGAGGUGUUUCGGAUGACACUCUACCUCACCUUCCCUGUGGCUAUGUUCUGGAUUGCCAAUCAGGCCGAGUGGUUUGAGGAUUAUGUCAUACAGCGCAAGAGGGAGCUGUGGCCACCUGAGAAGGAGGACCAACGCCGAGAGCUAGAAGAAUUCAAAGAGAGGAUACGGAAGCAGCGGGAGGAGAAACUCCUUCGUGCCGCCCAGCAGAGCUCCUGAGUCCUAGCCCCUCCACCCACGAAAUAACACACACGCGGUUCCUCGUU